CGUGCUUUUGGCGCGGGAUCCAGAGUCGAUGCAGACGCUCCUCAAUGUUGUGGGUGAGGCGGCAACGUGGGCCGGGCUUACCUUCAAGCCGUCGAAGUGUGCCACGCUUCACAUCCGCCGUCGGGAGACACUAGGCUCGGUAUUCGCCCUGCAAGGGGGAGAACCAGCCGUACUCGGUGCGGGUGACGCCUACCUCCAUCUUGGCGUUCCCACCGGCUACAAAGUCUCGCAGACGCCAACGGAUGCGAUCGCGGCAAUUCGACGCGACUUGCAGCGCCUGGACGCUUCCCUGCUGGCUCCCUGGCAGAAGAUUGACGCCGUGCGCGUCUUUCUCCUCCCCAGGCUUGACUUUGUCAUGCGGGGCGGAGCGGUCCGCAAGGGGCCGCUAUCUGCACUUGACAAGGCAGUGAAAGCGGCCGUUAAAUCAUGGCUCUUUCUCCCGCAGCGCGCGUCCACUGAACAGCUGUACCUCGCGCUGGGAGAGGGAGGAUGCGGCCUGACGCCGCUCGCGGACGCUGCGGACAUCUCGACGAUCGUCCACGGCUUCCGCAUGCUGCACUGCGACGACGCCACCGUCCGAGACAUCGCCUGGGCCACUCUAUCUACGGCCGCGCGCCGCCGGCUGGGGAGGGAGCCGAGUCGAUCCGACUUGGCCACCUACCUUAGCGGCAGCACUGAGGGCGACCUCGCAAGAGACGGAGGCGACAUCCAGUCACUGUGGACGCGCGUCAGGAACGCCACAAGGCGCCUAGCGCCGCGUGGCGUCACCUGGCGCUGGAGUGACUUGCUUUCUGAGUUGCAGGUGGAGGUCGGCGGCCAGCCCGCCAUCGCUGACGACGCGGAACACGGCGGCAUCGGAGGGGUGACGCAGCCGGCCACGGAGGGGACGGCGCCCGGGACUUCACGACACCUCGAAGAUGACGGCGAUGGACCGCAGCACGAUGAUGACGGCGUGGGACGCAUCGCCAACACUGGCGUCGAGCAUGUCCGGGUGGGAGGGGGCGCCAAGCGUCUGCUCUCUCGGACGCUCCGCGAGUGUCUGAGGCAGCGCUUGCGCAACCUCCUACUCAGGAAACCUGACCAGGGGAAGGUGUUCGAGUGCACCAGGGACUCCACAGCGUCCAACCACUUCAUAGCGGGAGGCAAAUACACCCGCUUCGCAGACUGGCGCUUUAUCCAUCGCGCCAGACUCGGAGUCGUGCCUCUGAACGGUUGUCGCCGCUUUGAUGGGCGGGCAAACAACAACAAAGCCUGCCGACGCUGUGGCCACGACAAUGAGACGCUCCCACACGUAAUCAACGCGUGUAUGGUGCACUCAGCAGCCCUGCAAUAUCGCCACAACGCGGUCCUCAACCGCCUCGCGACAGCAGUCGCUGGGCGGCCAAGAAGAGGAAACACUGCUGUUCCUGACAUCAGGAUCAACCAAGCCGUCAUAGGGGACAGCAGUGGGCUGCGUCCGGACCUCGUUGUAACUGACGAGGCCGCGAAGACUGUAACCAUCGUCGAUGUGACAAUCCCCUUCGAGAAUAGGCGGAUUGCGCUCGACAACGCUCGGCAACUAAAGAGGAUAAAGUACGCCGACGUUGCGCGCGGAUUAGCUGCUCGCGGCUACUCCGUCACUGUCGACGCCCUGGUUGUUGGCAGUCUGGGGGCGUGGGACCGCCAGAACGAUGCAGUGCUUCGGCACCUAGGCAUCGCUAGCCGCUACUGCCAACUGAUGCGGCGGCUGAUGGUGUCUGACACCAUCAAGUGGUCCCGCGACAUUUACGUGGAACACAUCACUGGCUACCGCCAGUAUGUGUCCCCCUAGACUGUGGCAUGCUCUGACGUCAGGCUGCGAGACCUUCGAGACUGCAGUCGUCGGAGAACUUCGAGGUCGGUGCCUUCGUGACGUCGGUGUCGAGAUUCUCUUCAACGACGCGGGAACGGCGGCGCUACACCAUCUUCGCGCCGCACUGCAGCAGUGCCGAGUCAGUAGCGGUGCGUGCGGUGCUGCCUGGUGCCCCUCCCUCCGUGGUGUCCGCCGAAUAUGGCCCCCACCCCGGUUGGCGCGGUGCUAGGCGGCGCCAAACGUGUGCCUACUGCCCGGCAGUCUCCAGCCAGCGUGGGAAGCAACACCCUCCUGCCACGACACCCCAGUGACGUCCGCCGCAAGGCAGACAGAGGGGAGAAGUCCGGCUGUGUGUGACCCGCCUGCGUGUGUGGCACACCAGCCGCUGGCAGCCGUGCAUGUGCAGUGUGCUGUCAGGGCAUGGAGAUGAAUGGAAUAAAAUAAAAUAGCUCCUAAAUUAGGUCCCCUGGUCUGACAUGAGUAAGGCCGCGCCUACCGCGGGAAUAGUCUUAAGGAUAACAUACUUAAGUAACCGCGCCUAACGCGGCCUCCCAAUAUUUAAGUAGUGGGCUUAACCCACGAAAUAGAAUAGGAAUACAAUACCUAAGUACGGUUAGAACCGUUUCUUCUUAAUUUUAUCUAAACUUAAUAAAACUGUAAAACUCGCAUUAUAUAGAGUCAUUGAUAUUCUUUCUUAAAAUUAUAC